AUAGGAAGAGAGAAAAUAACAAGACAGAAUGAAAAGCUGAAAAGAAGAAAACAAUAUCCACCUCGAACCUCUCUCCAAUUUCUUCAUCAAAAUUCAAAAACCCACAUUCAAAAGUUAAAAGCUUUAACAAAUUCCAAAACCAAAAUUGAUUAGGAAGAACAAGAAGAAGAAGAAGAAGAAAAGAAUGAGAGAAGAUGAAUCAAAUUGGUUCUCAAAGUGGGAAGAAGAGUUACCUUCACCAGAGGAACUCAUGCCCUUAUCCCAAACCCUAAUAACCCCUCACCUUGCCGUAGCUUUUGACAUAACCAACUCUUCCCAGAACAACCACCACCAACAGCAGCAGUUUCCGCUUCAGCCACCUUCCGGCGCGGAGGAGGAACCGGCGCGGACUCUGAAACGGCCGCGACUGGUGUGGACCCCACAGCUGCACAAGCGCUUCGUGGAUGCCGUGGCCCACUUGGGGAUCAAGAACGCCGUUCCCAAGACCAUAAUGCAGCUCAUGAGCGUCGACGGGUUGACCCGCGAAAACGUCGCCAGCCACCUCCAGAAAUACCGCCUCUACUUGAAGCGCAUGCAGGGUUUGGCCGGAGGUGCCGCCGCCGCAGACUCCGCCACGGACCACCUCUUCGCCAGCUCGCCUGUGCCGCCGCACUUCCUGCACCCGGCUGCCCGCUCGGCCUCUGACCACUACCUGCCCUUUGUGCCGGCGUUGCAGCAGCACCGCAAUCACCACCACCACAUGGCGGUGGCUGCUCAUUUUGGUUCGCCGCGGAAUGCGCACUUUGAACUCCCCGUUCUGUCAAGGAUGGGAGCUUCGGUGCCGGGUUAUGUGGAGGAUGUGGAGUCGGAAAGGAGGAAGGUUCUUACUUUGUUUCCAGCUGGAGAUGAUUGAAUGUGAUCAAUGGUUGAUUGAUGGCAAGGUUUUAAAUUGUGGGUGGGGUUGUGAUUUAUUAGCGUUUUUUGAUGUUGUAAAAAGUUGUGAUUCACAAAUGUGGUUGAUGCAGUUACAAUAGUGGUUUAACUUCCAAAUAGUUCAAGUUGUUUGUGACUGAGAUUGCUGUUGUUUACUGUUUUUGAUGAUAAUACUAUGGUUUUUUCCACUGUUGUUCAUAGUUAUUAUUAUCUUUGUUUGAACUGUGUAGUUUCCACCCUGUGAAACUAAUGUUUGAUGGCGUGUUUUAGGUUUGGUUAGGGCCAAGGAUUUUAAGAACUGUCUAUGAGCACAAUUUCAGGCUCAAUCUGAAAGCUUUUGAACUCUUUGCAACCGCAAUUGAGACUGCUUCUGUCUGCAAUGACAACGAUCUUGAAGAGAAGGCAUUUUGAAACCUUGGCUAGUGUCUAAGUAGGUAACUUUGUUUCUCAAGAGAUGUAUCAAUUGGUCAUGCUUAGGUUUGCAUAAAGGAGUGUGUUGUAAUCAUUGGAAUUUUGAAUUCAUUGUACAUUCAGCUGUGACGACUUUCCUAUAGACACUUCUGGGACAAAUAAUGUUUUGUAACUCAUUUUUGUUUGGAUCAGUAGUUGUUGUAUAUGUUGCUUUGUUUGGUAGAUCGGCUGCAUUCAAAGCAAUCUAGAUUCUAUGGUGUUACCAAUUGUGAAGUUUUAUAUCAGCAUUGGUAAGAA